UCAGCCUGCUGCCUCCUCCAUGCCAGGUGCAUCAGAAUCUGUGCUCUGUGCCAUUCACAAAAGCCCAAAGAAGAAGGGGGUUGGCACAGUGUCGAGGUGGGACCUCAUCUUGGAGGACUAUAAAAAAAUCAGGCAGCGCAUUCUGACCAAUGCCGCCGUUAUGCAGCAGAUCACCUUGCAGCUGGUGAAUGUGAGCCACACCACACUGGUUCAGUGGCACAACAAGAGGGUGAAAAGGCAGGACAGCGCAGUUUUGAUGCAAGGGCUGCAACUGCCUAGCCGUUUGUCUGUGGCAGCCGACCCUCUACCCUCUGCCAAUGUGCGCCCCCCAUCUCUGCCCCCCCAAGCAGGACCAUCUCACCAAUACCACCUGCCCAGUAGCACUGUGGGCCAGGCACGUGUGAAGAGGAAGAGGAACAUCGCUGCAGCGGAGAUACCUCAAAUCCCUCGGCGACUUUUACCUGCUCCACUCCCAGGUGCUCAGCUGGUGAUGCUGGCUCCAUUGGCCUCGCAGGGACUAACAGGGCGUCCUGCUCCAGCUCGUGCUCCAGUUAGAAAACUGACCCGCAGAGUAGAGCACAAUACGUGUAAAAAAUGUGGGCAGUUUAGGACAGUGGAGACUGGGCACAGCCAAUACAAGGGCAUUAUAUACUGCCCCUCUGUAGAGACACUACCAAAGCAGCAGUGGUUGGAGAAUAUUAAAAAAACUAAAUAA